AUGAUCUGCGUGGAGUGCACCAACCCGGAGAUCACGUGUCUCCACUCCGAGUACAAGAGUAAGUACGUCCAGUUGACCGUGUGCCCCAGGUGCGGCAACUUUGCCGACCGGUACAUUGAGUUCGACAAUGUGAUUCUCUUUCUCGACCUCGUGCUUUUGCGGCCGCAAGCCUACCGUCACGUGGCUUUCAAUGUCGUGGAGCAAACGCUCUUUGCUGGUGCGCAGCCCCCCGGCGUUUUCCGCAGAUACCGCAAGCUAGCCCGGUUCUUCUUGCUUUCGGUCUUGUUCGAAGUAUACUUGAAGUGGGCGUACGAGGAAAAGAGCACGCCGCACACGCUCCUCAAGGCACGGGUCCUUGCGUGGCUGCCAGUGUGGCAGUACUCGUUUUUCGUCUGCCAGCAGAUGGCGGAAAAAACCGUCUUUUUCUCGCUUGUCUUGGUUCUCUUCAUGUGGGCCUCGGGUUCGGCGGAGGUGGUCAACUCCAACCUCCAACCCCCGUUCCGCCGCGCGUACUACCUGUGUGUUUUGAUCCUGACCCUUCUCAUGUCGUUGGCGGUCAAGUGUUUACCCAUACUCAUGCUCAUAUGGCCCUACGACAACGCAACCGUCGCGUCAAUGGCAGUGGAUGUGUUGAGUGUCUUCAACACUAUCGAAGCCCUACAUAUAAAUACGCGCUGCUCGUACGCAACAACCAUCUGUAUCAUUGCCGUUUCUAUGCUUGUCCUGAUGGUCGCCAAGCAGCUAGCGACCAGCCACUUCGUGGCGUUCUUGUCGCCGGACUACACCUGGCUUCAGCUCUUCAAGCAUGAGUGUCUGUCCUUUCAAAAGGAGGUUUGCGCGAUGGCUGCGGCCUUCUCUCCUGUGGCGUGGGGGACUUUUUAG